UUUCUUUUUCUUUCACUGAACGAGUGAAGUAGACGUUCGACGCGUUUUUCGUUCGUGUGCGGAAAAUUUAUAAAAAACUUGGAAGAAGUUUUUCUCCAUUACAAAUAAUUGGUAAAAUUAAACCAUAGGAAAGACUAUACCUAUAUAUAUAUAAAUAUAAAUAUAUGCUGAAAGUGUUUGAUAUAUUCAGCAGAAUUAACUAGUUAAAAUUUCAUUAGUCCAUGUGAAACAACUGAUGAGAUAGCAAAAAAAAAAAAUUACUGCCAUAGACAUAAAAAAAAUCCUCAAUCUGGACCGAGGCUUCUAGGAGAUAGAGAAAAGACAAUUUUGAUUUUAUUUCUUCUCGAUUUCUAUAUACAAUAGAAACAGUGUUAGCAAGUGAGCAAGCCUUCGAGAUUUUCCUAAACGGAAAGAAAGAAAAAACCAGCAACUGAUUGGAGGGUAAUAUGAGUAAUGCUAUUAACCAAAAUGGCACAGGUCUAGAGCAGCAGAUUGCUGGUCUGGACUUGAAUGGCGGCACAGCUAAUAAUAGCAGCCCCAUAACAACGAAGAGUUCAUCCAAUUCCGGCGUUUAUAUUCCUCCACAUCUACGUGAAGGUGGCAAUAGCGCACCUGACGCUAAUAGUGAUAACCGCGAGGAGAGAACUCCAUCGUCAAAGUACGAAGGCAGAGAACAGCGCGGCGGAGGCGGUGGAGAGUAUCGCAAAGGCGGCGGUAGUCGUGGUUAUAACAAUUCCGGUGGUGGUUACGGAGGCGGUGGACGCCGUGGUGGUGGUGGCAGAUACGACGAAAACAGCGGUUUCGACGGAGAAGGCGAAAAUCGACGUGGUGGGGACGAUUGGAAUCGUGGGGGACGUGGGCCACAAAAUUCACGAACAUUUGAUAGACGUGAAAACGGAGGUUACCGUGGUGGACGCGGUCAGGGCGGAGGGGCCGGUAGCGGAAGUGGUAGCAAUCGCAACAGUGAAGCACUCGACGAUCCAGCCCAGCCACAACAACCACGCAACGAUCGUUGGCAGGAGCCAGAGCGUCCAUCCGAGGACGGCGUACAGCAGCGCAAUGAACGCGGCGGUGGUAGUAGCGGCGGCAACGGCAAUGGCACCGGCACCGGCAGCGGCGGCGGCGGAGAACGCAACUAUGGCGGUCGCUGGAAGGAGGAUCGCCGAGGUGACGUCGACUACACUAAACUGGGAGCACGUGACGAACGCCAGGAACAGGAGUUAUUCGGUGUCGGCAACACCGGCAUUAACUUUGACAAAUACGAGGAUAUACCCGUGGAGGCGACGGGCCAGAAUGUACCGACUAACAUCACAUCGUUUGAGGACGUGCAGCUGACCGAGAUCAUACGCAAUAAUGUGACUUUGGCUAGAUAUGAUAAACCGACACCGGUGCAGAAACACGCGAUCCCAAUUAUAAUAAAUGGGCGCGAUUUAAUGGCCUGCGCACAGACUGGUUCGGGCAAGACUGCAGCCUUCCUGCUGCCCAUUCUCAAUCAGAUGUAUGAGCACGGCAUGACGCCACCACCGCAAAAUAAUCGCCAGUACAGUCGCCGCAAGCAGUAUCCGCUCGGCUUAGUGCUGGCACCGACGCGCGAGCUAGCCACACAGAUUUUCGAGGAGGCCAAGAAGUUCGCAUAUCGCUCACGCAUGCGUCCCGCUGUACUCUACGGCGGUAAUAAUACAAGCGAGCAAAUGCGCGAAUUAGAUCGCGGCUGCCAUCUGAUUGUGGCUACGCCGGGUCGUCUGGAGGAUAUGAUUACACGCGGCAAGGUGGGCUUAGAUAACAUACGAUUUUUGGUUUUAGAUGAGGCUGAUCGUAUGUUGGACAUGGGUUUCGAACCACAAAUUCGACGCAUUGUCGAACAAUCGAAUAUGCCACCAACUGGUCAGAGGCAAACCUUGAUGUUCUCAGCUACUUUCCCCAAACAAAUACAAGAGCUGGCAUCUGAUUUUCUUAGCAAUUAUAUAUUCUUGGCUGUAGGACGUGUGGGUUCCACUUCAGAGAAUAUAACCCAAACUAUAUUGUGGGUUUACGACCAAGACAAGCGUUCAUAUUUGCUUGAUCUACUAUCGUCGAUACGCGCCGGAGCUGAAUACUCUAAGGAUAGCUUGACAUUGAUCUUUGUAGAGACGAAGAAGGGCGCCGACGCAUUGGAGGAGUUUCUCUACCAGUGCAAUCAUCCCGUGACAAGCAUUCAUGGUGAUCGCACACAAAAGGAACGUGAGGAAGCUUUACGCUGCUUCCGGUCUGGCGAUUGUCCCAUUUUGGUUGCCACUGCUGUGGCGGCACGUGGUUUGGACAUUCCACACGUCAAGCACGUUAUUAACUUCGAUCUGCCGUCGGAUGUGGAGGAGUACGUACAUCGUAUUGGUCGUACGGGCCGUAUGGGUAACCUCGGCGUUGCCACAUCAUUUUUCAACGACAAGAAUCGCAAUAUUUGUGGAGAUUUGCUGGAGUUGCUCGUCGAGACAAAGCAGGAAGUUCCCGGCUUUCUCGAAGAGAUGACCUCAUCAGAUCGCUCACACGGUGGAAAUAGGAGACGAGGAGGAGGCGGUCCCGGCGGUGCACGCUAUGGUGGCGGCUUCGGAUCACGUGAUUACCGUCAAACGUCUGGCGGUGGUGGCGGCGGCGGUGGAGGCGCCCCACGUAGCAGUGGUGGGCCCCCAAGAGGUGGCGGUGGCGGCGGUGGAUCGUAUCGCAGCAACGGUGGCAGUUCCGGUGGCGGUUACUAUGGUGGUGGUGGUGGUGGCGGCGGAGGUGGUGGCGCUGGCGGUGGCUCCUAUGGUGGCAGUUACUCAUCAUCCCAUGCCAACUCCAACUCCGGUCCUGAUUGGUGGGGAAGUUAAAUGCAUAAAGUGAACUAAUUGCGAAUAUCCGCUGAAAGCGAAAAAUCAAAUAAAUAAAAUUGAUUAAAUAAAAAGUAAAAAAAGAUAAAAUCAGCAACAAACACGAAGAUUUUUGAGAGAGUGCAAGGCGAAGAUUAUGUAUUUAACAACAAUGCAUAAGACAUUAUAGUAUAUACGAAAAGAAACAAACAAACAAAAAUCGAAGCAAAGCAGAAGUGAAUGAAAGAACUCUUUGAAUAUAUAAAAAUUAUAUAUUACUAUUAUUUAUGUAUAGAUUAUUAAUUUUAUAAAACAAGCAAACAUUCAAACAAAUCAUAUUACACAUUAACAUACCAAUGCAAAAAAAAAAAAAUCACUCUCCACACCAAAAAAAAAAUUUACGUCCAAACAGAUUACACACCGUAUACAUACACACACGCUGCAACCCAACCAGACAAAUGCAAACUAAUGCAAUUUUUCAAACUCGCUCCUAAAUACUUUCUUUUAUAAGUAUGUAUAAUAUGAAAAAGGAAUAACACGAUAUGUCGAAAAUUACAUUAAUGAAUGUCUCUUACUUAUCGAAAAAUAAAAUAAACAACUGCAACAAAUUAAAAUAAACAAUUUUAAAUUAUAUGAAAAAUAUACAUGAUUAAAACAAUGAAAAGAAAGUGUUGAAAUGUGUGUAGGAAUGAUUACAGUGGAAACAGUGCAGGCGCAAGCAGCGCAAAAUUUU